AUGAUCAGGAUCUAUGGUGAGAUCUCUUUGAUCCAAGUUGUUGGAUCUGCAUUCAUCUCUGGAGUAUUCGGACUCCUGUUUCUAUUCGCCAUCUACUCAAUCAUAUGCACGUGUCCGAAACGAUUCCUUACGUCCAUGGUCUGUUUGAUCACAUUGUGCAUACUACGAUGUGUGGAGAAUGCCUUCCGUACCAAGGGCUAUAUAGUGGACCCCGUCAACUCUACCACCACAAUGCCCCCCUGGUUGAUCACUGUACUGGCCAUAAUGGGCAGCGUCGACUUCUCCAUGGCAAUAGUCUUUGUCGACUUGGUCGUCAGGGAUUACUAUCAACAACUCAAGGGAACCGACACUCCCCUCACCAAGCUUCGAGUUGUGGCAUUGGUAUUCCUUUGCAUCACCGAGGUUGCAUUCAUCCUGUUGACACUGGUACUGGUCAAAGAUGUCAAGUAUGAGCGCACUCUCUACAUGAUGGUACUCAUCACCUCUGCUGUGUGGGCCAACAUCGCCGCAUCAAUCAUCUUGAUUUGGUGCAGUGCAGUACAUAUUCGCAGUUCCGUACUUCACUCGCAGGAUCACAUCUCCAAUGGUCCGCUGGGAAUGAUGUUGGUCUUUGGCAUGACGUUGCGCAUUGCCAUUGAUGCCUACCAGAUCUUCACGGGCACUGACAUCAUGGACUAUCUUAGUGAUGCCAACUCUGAUCCAUUCUUUGAUCUGUCCAAGGACAUGUUGACUGAGGCCAUUCCAAUAUUGUUCCACCUCUGGAAUCUCAAGAAGGACCCAAACAUCAAAUUACUCAAGACCAAUGAUGGUAUUCGAGACGGUGACCAGUUGCCCGAGGUUGUGAUACAGGGUGUCCAGGAUGACAUGCAUCGUGAUCGUGUAAAGAUGUCCCUGCACUUUAUAAUUGUCACAUUGCACAUCACGGCCACAUGUUACGUCGUUGGCAACACCUCUGCAGAAGCUCCCGUGUCCUUGAUCAUAGCACGAGCCAGUGCAUUCUGGGCAUUCAUCGACUACUCAUUCCUUUUGAUUGCCAUCUGUUCUCCACUCGUCCAGCUAUUCUACCGCCACUUCCACUCGGGUAUCUCAUCGCAUUCGAUCCACAAGGUGCACUUCCAUCUCACCAUGGCACUCACACUGACCGUUGAAGCAUUGAUCCAUGCAUCGGCUCAUGUCUACACUUGGCACCAAUAUCCCGACCUGAUGAUCAAUGGCAGGCGUGUAUAUUCGUGGACUGGCACAAGCAGUGUCCCCAUCUACACCGGCAUCGUGAUGAUCUUGACCAUCAUCAUGGCACUCAUCUCUGGCUGGUGUUUCCGAUCGAGCAAGUCCAUCAGGUUUGGCAUCAUACUGGCCAACACACAUAUCAUCCUUGUCACACUCAAUGUCUCUGUCUUCUUCUUCCAUGGAUACGCGCAGAUCUUGGGACCGCCCAUCGGUGACCGAGUGGUCUUGCUCGUCUCGAUCGUCUUUGGCACGCUCUAUCUCGUCUACUUCCUGGUCUAUCUGCCAACGACAUCCAAGGUGGAGCAGUUUGGAUCGGAUCCUCCAAGUGCACUUGCCGACUUUGUGUGGUUCAAGAUCAAGGCAACAAGGGACAUCGUCGACACAUAUGGCGCAUACUGCACGAUCUACUUGAAGAACACAUUCUUUGCACAUGGCCAUCAAUUCUCGUGCUAUCACUGGCCUUGGAUCAAUGCUCAACAGGACUUGGUAGCUGGAAUGAUCCCAACAAGCCCGCCAACAGCAGUCGCGGACUCGUUGGACAAUGAUCACGUCCACUUUGUCAUUUGGAUCAACAAGGAGGGACACUUCACAACUUCAUUAUGUCGCAACUUAUUGGAUGAUCAGCCAUUGACCAUCCAUGGACCCUAUGUCUCAUCUGGCAACUCAAUGAUUCAAAGGAUAUUGGAGGCAAGACAUCCCGUGGACCUGUGUCUCUAUGCUACCAACACAGGCAUCACUGUGCUGAUGUCAGUGCUCUCCCAUCUCUUGUCCACGCCCACGUCUUUGGCCAAGGUCAGGACACUUCGUCUAUUCUGGACGACCAGGUCAUCGGUGCUUCAGAAACACAUUGCCAGCCAGCUCAAUGAGUGUUGGAGACGAAGGGACACAGCCCUCAAAGACAGAACCAGGUUAAACGUGUUCUUUUGCAGGGUGAAUAGUAGUGGCAAUGCUAAUGUGAGGCCACCAUUCGAGAAUGAGCCCAUCACCUACCUGCAAUACAAUGACGAAGCCAUACGCAGUGCUGUCUUCCCAAAUGGUUGGGCACAAUCAAACUACCAGCCAUACUUCCUCUACUGUGGUGAUGAUCUACAGAGAGCACUAGAUAACUGUUAUUAUCACAACGGUAUUAUUCCAAUGCAUGUAUUCUCAGAGACCUCAAAAUAA